AGAAUUAAUUCACAAUAAUCAUCAUCGAAGAUGCUUUCGGAACCCGGGAAUCGGCGCACCAACUUAAAUUUAUUCCAAAUCUCUUUCAUCGCCCUUGUACUUGUCGUUCAGGAUGGAACGUGCAUCAAGUGGUUGGCGCUCGGACGCACCGCUGAGGGAUGGAAUUGGUCAAGGGAAUCGUGUACCGGGGCCAGGAGUUCCGGACUUUUGGAGCGAAAACAGGCCAGGGUGUGUCGCGCGGCGCCCGAUGUCAUGCCCAACCUGGUCGAGGCUGCAAAAGAUACAGCGACCGUCUGCCAACAGACGUUUCGGCAUCGCAGAUGGAACUGUAGUUCGAUCCAGCUCGCUCCAAAUUACACCCAGGAUCUGCUCGGAGGAACUCGAGAACAAGCCUUCGUCUAUGCGAUGUCUGCCGCUGCUGCAGUUUGGCGACUAGCACGAGGCUGUGCUUUGGGGAGUCUUGCAGCUUGUUCCUGUGCGACACCUCCUCGGAGAGAGCCGCCAUCACCCUCCGCCUUGACUUCUUCGUCUGCGGCACUGGGGGCACUAGCUUCAAGGAAUUCCUUCAAGUGGGGUGGAUGCGGCGAUGACGUAAAAUCUGCGUCGAGAAUCGCUAAGAGAUUCCUCCAAGCCUCCAGCCCGCCCGGGACCGGGGCCAUGGGUAAAUUCAUGCACGCGGUAAACAUGCACAACAACAGAGCUGGUAGAAGGGCUGUCGAACAGUCGUUGACAUUGGAAUGCAAAUGUCACGGUGUUUCGGGUUCCUGUAGCGUAAGGACCUGCUGGCGAGGACUCGGAUCUUCUGGACCAGCGGUUGCAGGAAAACGUCUUCUUCAAAGAUACUCAACAGCUGCGGAAGUCAAAGCGAGACCGGGUGGUCGAUUGCCUCCUUUAUAUCACCACGACAACCUCCUCUAUACCACCAAAAGCCCAGAUUAUUGCCUCCCAGAUACAAAACGCGGGAGCCUCGGCACCGUGGGAAGACAGUGCAACGCGACCAGCUCUGGUUACGAGGGUUGCGAAUAUCUGUGUUGCGGCCGCGGACACGUUACCAAGACGGAAGAGAUACUUGAAAGGUGCCAAUGCAAAUGGUACAAUUGCUGUUAUGUCAAAUGUAAGACUUGCCGCAAGUCCGCUAAUACCCACGAAUGUAAUUAG